GCCCAUCACGCGCAUUGACCCCGCGUGCAGGGCAAUCCUCUCUUCCUCCUCCUCCUCCUCCUCCUCCUCCCACGCCUCCUAGUUGUUUUCUUUUGGGCUUUCGGAAAGAGCUUUUAUUUAGACAAAUCAGCGUGAAUUUCCCGAGAAGUUCGUGAUCAAACUGAACCUCAGCCGUCCGAUUUACCUAUUCUUUUUCUUCGGAAGUAACCCAUCUCUCCUUUUCUACCUCCCUUCCAGUUCGUUGCCUCUCCGAAUCUGUAUCGUUACCUUUUCCCUCUCCACAAUUGGCAGCCAAGCUUUUCCGGCCAAAUUCUUGGUCGGUUCAAAGGAGGCAUAAGGCCUGGGGAGGGGAGGGUGAGCUGAAGUUUGGUGUUGGUAGAUGCUCUAAAUGGGUUGCUUUAGUUCUAAGGCAAGGCGGCAGUUUCCUGGACACGAGGAUCCCGUGAGUCUUGCUUCGCAAACGUCUUUUACUGUUAGUGAAGUUGAAGCACUCUUUGAGUUAUAUAAGAGUAUCAGCAGUUCUGUGAUUGAUGAUGGGUUGAUAAACAAGGAAGAAUUUCAGCUAGCCAUUUUCAAGAAUAGAAAGAAAGAAAAUCUCUUUGCAAAUCGGAUAUUUGAUAUGUUUGAUGUUAAACGGAAGGGUGUGAUUGACUUCACCGACUUUGUGAGAUCACUCAAUGUUUUCCAUCCCAAUGCCUCGCUAGAAGACAAGAUUGACUUUUCAUUCAAGCUUUAUGAUUUGGAUAGCACGGGCUUUAUUGAGCGCCAAGAGGUCAAACAAAUGUUAAUUGCACUUCUUUGUGAAUCUGAAAUGAAGCUGGCUGAUGAGACCAUUGAGAUAAUUCUCGAUAAGACUUUCUUGGAAGCUGAUGUAAAUCAAGACGGGAAGAUAGACAAGUAUGAAUGGAACAAUUUUGUCUCAAAGAAUCCGUCAUUGUUAAAGAUCAUGACCCUCCCCUAUCUUCGGGAUAUUACUACCACAUUUCCAAGUUUUGUAUUUAAUUCCGAGGUUGAUGAGAUUGCUACAUGAGAGGCAAUCGCUUAGAAAGGAUAGUGUUUAAUUUAGUUCCUUGUAGUUUUUAUAUUUACUAAUCGACUAGUGUUCAGAAGAAAAAAAAAGAAACGGAAUGAAAUUGGUAUGUUGAUGAAAGGGGAGAGAGCUGCUAUCUGCGUUCGGGCAUAAGGAAAGUCCCCUCAGUAGUAGUUUCUUUGUGAUUGAUUGUAAAGCACCAUCCAUAUGAUGGAAAAUUUCUAGCCAUUUUUGGUGUUGGCGACUUUUGCUUGAUUGGGGAAGUCGGAUUAAUGUUUUUAACUGUAGAUUUGUAGGUUGUGUUUCUUUGUUUUGGGUCCGAAAAGACGUAUGACAAGUUUGUUUA